AUGGAGGUGACAGCCAAACCUUGCCCUCCCGCUGGAACGGACCUAUCAGCGUCUAAAAUCGGGCAGCAACUCAAUGAUUACAUCAAGAAGUAUGUUGCAGAAAAUGAAAAAUCGCAUCAAGUCAACAAGAGCGCCUCGGGGUCAUUACCAGGCGGGACGACCAGGUCUGUUCUUCAUUACCAACCUUUCCCACUGGCUUUCUUGGGAGGCCACGACUGCCACCUGACGUCGAUGGACGGCCACGAGUACCUGGAUUUCGUAUCUGAAUACUGCGCCGGAAUGUUUGGUCAUUCGCAUCCGGAAAUCAUCGCUGCUGUCGAGAGCGUAACGAAGACCGGAUUCACGCUGGGUGGACCGACGCCCAAGGAGGGCGAACUGGGUGCAUUGCUCGUGGAGAGGUUCCCCAGCAUCGAUGCCAUCAGGUUUUGUAACUCAGGGACGGAGGCCAAUACGAUGGCGAUCGCUACAGCUUUGCAUUUUAACGGGCGAAGAAAGAUUCUGGUUUGUGAGAAUGGUUACCACGGCGGAACCCUCUCCUUCUCACAUGGGAAUCCCCUCAUUUUGCCCCAUGAAUUCAUCUACGGUCGGUACAAUGACAUUGAGUUUACCCGGCCUAAAAUCACCGACGAUAUCGGCGUCAUCAUUGUGGAGCCAAUGCAAGGUGCCGCCGGGAUGUUCGAGGGGUCAAGAGAGUUCCUGAACUUUCUAAGAGACGAAGCGACUCGGGUCGGCGCCGUCCUCAUUUUCGACGAGGUCAUCACGUCAAGGCUCAAAUAUGGCGGGUUACAAGAGCAUCACGGCAUUACGCCUGACAUGACGACUAUUGGGAAACAUUUCGGCGGAGGCUUCUCGUUCGGCGCUUUCGGCGGCCGCAAGGAGAUCAUGGACCUGUACGACCCGGAGUCGCCGCGAAGUCUCUUCCACUCCGGUACGUGGAACAAUAACGUAUUUUCAAUGACGGCGGGUAUCGCUGCGACGAAGCUGCUGUCGAGAGAGGCUCUCGAAAGAAACAACGAGCUGGGCAAUAAACUCCGCAGCGAUAUGGCGGCAGCCUUUGCAUCAAAGGAUGCGUCCAUCGUCACACUCACCGGGUUUGGAAGCGUCAUUGGUGUGCAUUUCAACGGACCGUUGGCGAAUAAACUUCUGGAUCUCUUUUUCUUUUACCUCCUCGCGAAGAGGAUUUAUGUCGGCCACCGGGGCUUCUUGGCCUUGAAUCUCACACACGGGGAGGAGCACAUCAGCCGUGUGCUUGACGCUGUCAAAGAGUUCUGCGCCGAGGUUUUGUGA